CUUGUCCACCUAACAAUCAUCCUGUCCGAUCAAUCCAUGGAAGAAUCUUUCACCUCCCAGCUCUCAUUUCUCUCUCUAGAAAUUGGUUGCCGAGGCGACGAAUACGAAGUCGAAAACGAAUUCCUCCCACACCUCAACCACCCUCCAAUCCCAAACCCAGCCCGCAGCGAUCCCAGCAGCUCCGAAUUCUCAACGCCAGCAAUCUCCCCGAUGAACUCCAAUUUCUCGGCCCUCACGUGCCGUGACACACUCCGAAUCAUCCUCCAGAAGCUCCCCGUCCCCGACCUCGCCCGUGCGAGCUGCGUCUGCCGGCUCUGGUACUCGGUCGCUUCCGACCACGAAAUCGUCGCCGGAGCCUUCAAGGCGCCGUGGAAAUUGAAGGACGUUAUAGGAAAGCCCGUUUCUGGAAGCUUCUGGAGGGACAAUGGGAUCGGGAAGUUUGCGAUAUCUCAUCGGCUUGUCAAGGGAGACACCCUUGCCAGACUGGCUAUAAGGUAUUCAGUUCAGGUCAUGGACAUAAAACGUGUGAACAACAUGAUGAGCGACCAUGGCAUAUACUCGAGGGAGAGGUUGUUAAUCCCUAUAAGCAAUCCUGACAUUCUCGUAAAUGGGACAUGCUACAUCGAGCUAGAUACCGAUGCCAGAAGGGAAGUGGCAGUGUUAUAUCUUGAAGGUGAUACUAAUAGAAAUUCCAGCCACUUGUUGAAUAGGAUGACUACUGAACAAGGGAAGAGGAGGAUUCUUGACUCGUUGAAGAGAAGCAUGCAAGUUGAUGAUGGGACUGCUCAAUAUUACCUUUCUAUUUCCAACGGUGAUCCCCGGGCUGCGCUCUCAGAGUUCUCCAAGGACCUUAGGUGGGAGAGGAAAGUGGGCCUGACCUAGUUGCUGAUAUAUAAUGUGGAGCACAGCUACUUGGAACACAGAACCAUAUAACAAAUGGUGAAGAAAGGCCGAGACAAUAUCUCUUUGCACCGUCCUGGCAAAAAUGUGUUUAAAAUUUGAAUUCUUCAGCUUCUUCGGAAAUUCUAGACUUGGAAUCCAUCCCUACUAUUCUUCGCCUCUUAUUAUCACGGGUACCCCUUUAAUAAAGCAAUUACAGUUGGAAGGUUGUGACUCCUGUAAAUUAAACAUAAAAAAAUUACCUCUUCAUCUUGGAGUUCAUAUCAAUCAUUUGAAUGGAAUGCUUGAAGUUAUGUUCU